GGACCAAACCUGUUAGCUAAUAUUAGCUAAGCAAGCUUAGCUAGCUGGCUUUUAGGCUACAGUGGCAAAAAACUUGUGGACGUAUUAUGAGAACUGAUAGUCCAUCCAUGGGUAAACUGAUUGCUGGACCAGGCUGCUGUUUUCCCAGUAGUACAAAAUUUUUAAAUCAAAUGCUGUAAAAGUUCUCCUUACCUCAGCAGCAUGCAGUCCAAGCCUGCUUCUUCGCUCCCCUUCAAACGGUUACAGGACAGACGUGACCACAUGAGGGCAGUCAGGGGGGAGUAGGUGCAGACCAUAAUAAUGUUUCUAAAACUUGUAAAGUAAUAACAGUCAUAAUAGGGGGAUAUUAUAACUAUAAAUUACAUUUUAAUUAUUACUCCUGUUGUGGUCCCUUACUGAAUCACAAUAACUAGAGUUUAAACUAGAUUUAAUGAGAGUUUUGAUGUAACCGACCCCCCUCCAUAUUUGGUAAUGACCUGCAGCGCCUGUAUGAGCCCGCCAACAACAGCUCAAAAGUGAUGUGAAGCAGUAAGGAAUGCAAAGGACCGACAGUGAGGUCAACAUACCUGUCAUUCCAAAUGAAAUGUCAAGUCCGGAGCUUGAGGAUUUCCAGACUCCAAAUACUGAUAAUCAGGAAGGAGCUGCUACAGCAAGUGAAAAUCUCGUCAGAUGUGCAGCUGCAUUUACCAUCAGUGUCCGGGAAAGAUGUCACCUAUCCCAGAGGGGUGUCAACAGUAUUGUCUCUGGAGUCCAGCAGUAUCAAACUGCUCUUCUCAGUACCAUGAAGGACACCAUGAAGUCGCUCUUUCAAAGACAUUCAGACAAUAUGGAGCAGCUACAAGAGGCAGUAUUGGCAGAACUGGAAAAUUUUCAAGAUCCUUUCUCCAUGAUGGCUUCCACAUACAUUCAGGACAGCACAAUCCAGAGGCUUUUUAACCCAGUCAUACCAGAGGAGGUAGUUAUGUCUCAAAAGGUUUGCAGAGUUAACAAAGGACAGUCAAGAGUAAUUGCCAUCAAAAACAGAAGUUUUUACUAUAUACCCCUUAUUAGGAGCCUUGAACAGUUGUUGUCCAAUUCCAGGAUUUUUGCCAUGAUCAACACCGCACCUCAGAGUUGCCACAAAGAUGGGUUUUUGUAUGACAUUAUUGAUGGGAGCAUUUAUAAAUCCCAUCCACUGUUUUCAAAAGAACCUUCUGCUUUACAGAUAAUUUUGUAUGCUGAUGAAAUAGAGAUAUGCAAUCCUCUUGGGUCACAUGCUUCAGUAAAUAAAUUAUUCAUGUUUUAUUAUACUUUAGGAAACAUAGACCCCAAGUUUAGGUCAAAGCUUGCUGCAAUCAGACUCCUUGCUAUAGCAAAAGCUGAUGAUAUUGACAAAUGUGGUGUUGAUUUUGUAUUACAAAGGAUUAAUGAAGACUUAAAGUUGCUCUAUAAUGGUGUCAAAAUCCAAACACAGCGUGGUAGCAUGGAUUUAUUUGGUGCUGUAGUUUCGGUCUGUGGUGACACACUUGCCCAACAUGAGCUUGCUGGUUUCAAGGAAGGAGUUGGUUUUGCAUAUAGUAAGUGUAGGCAUUGUGAAUGUACCUUUGAUGAAAUGCAAAUUAAUUUUAAUGAACUAAGUUUUACUAAAAGGACAAUGAAAAAACAUAUUAAGCAGUGCUGUGAAAUAGAAAAGGCUUGCACAGACUUCUUGAAAUCAUCUCUCAAAACCACCUAUGGUAUAAACAGAAGAAGCAAGCUGAUUGAUUUCCCAGCCUUUGACCUCAUUCAACAAACACCACAGGAUAUAAUGCACAUCAUUCUUGAGGGUGUUGCACCCAUGGAAAUUAAGUGUGUGCAAAAACACCUUGUUCUCUCUGGACAGAUGGAGUUGGAUGUGUUCAAUUCUGCCAUGCAGAGUUUUCCUUUGUCACCAAUAGACAUACUAUAG